UAGCGAGCCAACAGAGUCCAUUUCCAAAGGUGUCAUCAUUUUUAUUGUGAAAAAGUUCUGGUUGGUUGGGCAUGCCAUUCGUCGAGGACUCCGCAAAUGUCUUAAGUCAUGUUUUACGAGAACUCCACAUGGAAGAAACACAAAAGUUGUGGGACUUCACCUCUCCUCCCUAUGACUCCCAAGAAACCUCAGCAGUGGCUGCAAGUGGUCGGACAUGCAGGGAGCUUUCAUGUUGGGGAUUAUGGCACACUGCUGAAGAAGUUUUGUGAGGGGGAGCAACAAUGCUACCUUAGGCUGAUGGAGGACGUUUUGAGGCCCUUUGUUCCAUCCUACCACGGUGUGGUGCAGCGGGACGAGCAGGAUUACAACAUGAUGGAUAACUUGCUGACCCAUUUCAACUCACCUGCCAUCAUGGACUGCAAGAUGGGCAGUCGCACAUACCUGGAGGGGGAGCUGCAGGUGGCCAGAGAACGGCCCCAGCCUCGUAACGACAUGUAUGAGAAGAUGGUGGCUGUGGACCCAGAGGCCCCAACGGUCCAGGAACGAACCCUACAGGCAGUGCUGAAAACCAGGUACAUGCAGUGGAGGGAGACGCUGAGCUCCACAACAUCUCUGGGUUUCCGUAUCGAAGGAUUCAGGAAGUCAAAUGAAGAAUGUCACACGAACUUUAAAAGGACCAAAAGCAGAGAGCAAGUGAUGGAAGCACUGAACAACUUUGUUGAGUCCAAUACACACGUUGUGUGGGGCUAUCUGAGACGGUUGAAACAACUGCGGCAGGUCUUGGAGGCGUCAGACUUCUUCAGAACACAUGAGGUCGUGGGCAGUUCCUUACUGUUUCUACAUGACUGGACAGGCAGAACAGGAGUCUGGAUGAUUGACUUUGGAAAGACAGCGGCAUUGCCGGCACACCUUACCUUGGACCACCGCACUCCCUGGGUAGAGGGCAAUCGAGAAGAUGGCUACCUGUGGGGUCUGGACAACCUCAUUGAUAUACUGGCCAACAUGCUGCCACUGACCUGAAUACCUCUCUAAACUUGUGGAAAUGUACUCUUAAUCUUUCCUUUCCACCACUCAUAAGCGAGUGACUGAAGAUGCGAUGGCUUCUGAAAUGUUUGUGUUGUCGGAAUUGUGGGAAUUAGAAAAUGCAGAAUAAGGGUGAAAAAAGGAAGAUGUGAUUGAUUACAAAAGUAAAUGCUUUCCAGAAUAGAUUAAUUUUCAGCAAAUUGGGCCCACAAUAUUGAUCAAAAGGUCAUUUGUGAUUUAUGGAAUCUCAACCUGAGCCUUGUAAAGUUUGACCACUGAAUGGACUCACCUGCACUGCACUGCCGGAGACAUCCAACCCUCCUGUCUUGAGAUGACCUGCUCAUUAUUUCAGGAAACACUGGACAAUAGCAAUUAUAAGCCAAAGACAUGGCUGUCCCCUUUGGUUUGAGAUGAUCAGCAGUUUAAAUGUCUCAAUGUGUCAUUAAAUUAGUGUUAAAACUAUUAAAGUGGACUUAUUUCCUAAAUUUCUUGAA